AUGCGACGUAGACCUCCAACACCAAACGAAAGCGUCGGCUCUCGCUCAGUCUCGGGUACCGUCAUGACACCUCAUUCUCAACGUUCUGGUUCAGGACAUGGCACUACUCUUGUUAAUCUUGAUGUCUUCAUACAUCGAGCAAACAUUGGACACGAUAUUAGUCCAACUGAUGAAGAUUUGAUCGUACUUUUUCGUCGUAAUAGUAAAGAAGUCACGUCCGAACCUGCACCUUGGAGUAUUGAUCAUUGUGCCGUAUGGAAUCAGCACGUUGGUAUUCAAACGUCGCUACUUCGACAGAAAACGCCUUAUCCACUUGGAACGGCUACUGAAUUUCUCAAAAAAGAGUAUGAAAUUGUUCUCGUUGCGCUACCCAGUCAUUCAGCUGUUGCUCUCUUUUCGAUCGACUUUGCAUCACUCGUUCAACUCAAUGCUAGUGCAUUAGAUCAUCACAAAUCAUUUCGUAUCUCUCCAAUAAAGUGUCGAGACUUGGCAGCCACACUCGAGCUUGACAUUACGUGGGAAUUACAAACAAAUGCUGCAGCAAAUGUUAUGCAUUCCAGUGCUCAUUCUUACUCACCUGGAUUGAAUGGCUUGCCACCAUCAUCUCCAUUACCAGGUACUACCUCUCAAUCCAUCUUGGCACAAUCAUCCAAGUCUCAAGCUCUACAUACUCGAGAUCUAUCUAGAUCUCGACGUACUGUAAAUGACACAAUGUCAGUCUCAAUACGACGUACAAAUACCAGUUUUAGCUCAGCUGGAAGUGAUCGUGAAUUGCUUGAAGAGUUGACAUCUUCAAAUUGUAAUAGCUGUCGAUCUGCCAAGCGUCGACUCGAUCGUAAGGAAGUUCAGGUGUUGCAGCUCGAGUCUUUCUUAAAAGAAUCACAAAAACGUAUUGAUGCACUGUGUACUGAGAAUGAUGAAUUGAUCGUUCGAGAAAAAGCUGAGACGCGACAUGCUGCUCAGCAGCGUAUUUUAACGCUGCGUUUGCUUCAGGAACUUGAAGCUACUGUACAGCUUUGCGUCGACCAAAUGCAGAUACAAGGGUCGACUUUACUCCCGCAGAAAGAAUUAAUUGAACGUGUGAAAAAACUGCAUGAAGAAACUGAUCCACUUCAUGAAGAUUCUGAAAAUUUCCAGCGCUCACAUUCGUCCCAAGCGUCUCUAGGAUCAACUUUUGAUUUUCGUGCAGAGACAGAGGCGGCAUUGCAACGUAACCAACGAUUGCAGCAGCAACUUGAAUUCCUAAGUCGCUCAAUGGAUUAUGACAACGAACAUGCUGAUGAUCUCACCCGAUAUCACCGUGCGGCUACAGACGCAUCGGGUACUACUAUUUCAUCGGCUCAUAGUGAAAGCGUUGCGGUAGAAUGUGAACCUCGACCAAUAGCAUUGACAAUGACUCAGCAGCUUAAUAAUCUCGAACGAGAAAACUUUAAGCUACGCGCUGAGCUUGAGGGUGCUUUAGCUAAUGCUGCACGGGCAUUUAAGAAACAAGCAGUAGGUUAUCAGUCAAGUUUCUCAACAGCGCUUUCUUUAACGGCCGAAAUUUCAGAGACAGCAAGUUCAUCGAGUCGUGAUGAUAUUGACGAACCCGAAAUUGAAGACGCUGGACUACUUUCUCGUAUUCGCGAGCAACAUGAGCUGGAAGCUGGACGAUCAGCAGCUCUUAAGUCGGAGCUAGAGGAGGCAAAAAACGAGAUUAAUAAGCUGAAGAGUCAACUAGAAAAAGCUCAAGAAGAACGGCUGGCUAAAGAGGAGAAGGAGCCAUCCCAAGCUCCAGGGUUUUUGGACAAGAUUUAUGCGGACGUUGGUAAAGCCAAAUUGGUGCUUGAAGAUCGAGUAAAUCAGCUUGAUGAGCUGCUGACGAGUGCGACAGAUGAAAAUGGUCGACUUCGUAGUCAGAUUGAGGAUCUUCAAAAGCAGCAGAAUAGCAAUGUUGAUAACGUUUCUAUCGCAAAAAAAGAUAGUUACAUUGCUGACAUUGAGCGACGAUUGAAAGAACGGGAAGACGACAUUCAGACGAAGACACAGGAGCUUUUAGAAUGUAAGCAGCAGCUUCAAGAUGCUGCAACUCGAGCUCGUGCUCUUGAAAGUGCCGAGUUGACGCUCGAGAAGGAAGUUGCAGCCUUACGUCGUUCGCAGCAAAUAGCACGAGAGAAAAAGUCCGUGGCUCCAAGCCCCCAGAGCGCUGGUACUACCAAUGCAGUCGACAGCAUUAAUCACAAUGAGGGGCUCGCAGAGAUUCAGAAGCAGCUUAAGCUAUCAAAACAAGAAGUGAUGCAGCUUCGAUUUCGUAGCAACCAGUUUGAAAGCGUUAAUGAGCGUCUAGAAGAAGCGUUGAAGGAGAAGCGUACGUUAGAGGUCAAGUUGACGGCUUUAGAAGGUCAGCUCUUUGAGCAACGAAGUCGCACGCUAAAUACUGACAGUAGCAACUUUGCGGCUUCUUCACUUGAUGCCAAAAGUACAGCCAUGCUGACUGAUAUGCAACGUGAGCUUGAUCACAAAGCAGCUCAGUUAAUGAUCGCUGAACGGGAGGUUGAACAUCUGCGUGGGCAACUAAAUGACGUGGAACCGAGCAAUCCGGGUACGAUUGAGGAUCUGUCAGACAAGGUUAAACAGUUUGAGAACGAGAUUAUUCGACUAUGCCAGCGCAAUGACGACCAGUUGAAAAAAUUACAGAAACUAGGAGAUCGCGUGAGAGUCGCAGUUCGAGAACGUGAUGAGUUAGAGGAGAUUGUGCAGCAGAUAAUGACGGAGAUGUCGCUUUUGGAUAAGGACGUUCAGCUUACGACUGAAGAUAGUACUGAUAGUAUGCCAUCGACUCCUGCGGUAAUGGAAGAGAUGGAGGAAAAGUCACCAAUCUCGACAGAAACUACGGUGUCCAAACCUCUCGUUCAAACGGGUAAAAUCACUGACCGAUACGCUAACGCCGUUGCGAGCAGCCUCAGUGCAUCUCAUACACCAAACCCUCCACCACCAAGUGUGACUAGCAAUAAGGUGGCGCAGCUUAUGAAGAACUUUUCUACAUCCAAGUAA